ACGCAGUCCCACCCAAAUCUGAUUUUUACUAUUUUCGUUUCUUUUAAAAUUUAAAAUGGCAAAAAUCAGAAAAGAAAAGUGUCCCUAAUUAGAAUACAAACCCAAUUCCAAAUCUCUCAUCUUCAUCAGCUCACUGUGGUGGAGUCUCAACUUAUCCGAAAAUUUACACAUUAAGUAGUGAUGGUAUUUCUUAGCUGGACGCGUCCAUCUCCCGAAGAGCAGAAAGCAUGUAUUAACAAGUCUGGUUCCUUUAACUAUGAUAAUAAAUUCAGAGGAGCUACUGAAAAACCUGCUUCUCUAGUUAAGCAAGACAAGGAGCUUGGAAAGGAUGGGUUCUAUGUUAAUUAUGCUCGUGUUUUAGUUGGUUCAGGCCUCGAGACUUUUGAGAAGGGAAAGGAUACUCUUCAAAAUUGGAGGCAUUUUGGAUUGAAUUGGUCGUUUGUUGAUCCGAAAACUCCAAUUCAAAGUGGGAGUAAAUUCUGUGUUUGUGUGAAGGAGGUCUUCCCGUGGCUAAUGAUGCCUCUACAAGUGGUUUAUGUCAGUGAGAACAAGAACUUGAAAAAAGGGGUGGCUUCAUUUAGUUUUGGCAGCGGAACUCUGCAAGGACAUUUGCUGGCUGGUGAAGAACGUUUUUCAAUAGCAUUGGACGAGAACAAUCAAGUUUGGUAUGAGAUACUUUCCUUCUCGAAGCCUGCACAUUUGCUAUCAUAUUUUGGAUACCCUUAUGUACUUCUCAGGCAAAAAUACUUUGCUCAUCACUCAGGUAGUGCAGUGAGGAAACAUCUAUCAGCUUAAAAUAUGUGGGACUGUAGCUGCCAGUUUCCCAUUGUAGAAAAGAAACCUUUUAGUUGUAAAAGAUCCCCUUCUAUAAUUAUAUUGGGUCUUGAUUUCA